AUGUUCUCCAAGUACAUCCACCGUCACGAUGGUCCUGCAGAAGUAGUCCAUGUUCAAGGCCACGAUGGCGGUCAUGGUGGAUACGGUCAUGGUUAUGGACACGACGGUGGUCAUGGACACGUUGACUACUAUGCGUACCCCAAAUACGAGUUCGGAUACAAGGUAGAGGACCCUCAUACCGGAGACAUCAAGUCCCAGCAUGAGCACCGCGACGGUGACGUCGUCAAGGGUUACUACGCUCUGCACCAGCCUGAUGGCUCUGUCAGACACGUUGAAUACCACGGUGACAAGCACUCUGGUUUCCACGCUGAUGUGAAGCACAGCACCCACCACAUCGUGCCCCACCACCACGCCCACUACUGA